AUGCUUACCAAGCAGAUGAACUGCCAGUCGAGGAGACUCGUCAAUUACAAUGACCAUCUGAUAAAUAGGCCGAGGCUUCCCAUUGCGAUGCCAGUCACACCAAACACCCUUGACAAAGAACUAAUAUUUGUGAAUGCGCCUAAGCUCGCGAGAACUCGAACGGAGUCAGAGGAUGGAGAAUCCAGUAUCCGUUCAAGGUUGAUUCGGCAGGUGGUCAGGCAAAAGAAGGCAAACUCGGCAAAACAGUUGCUUGUCAAGAAGCCUGAUGGUGUCAUCAACCCUGUAGCAUCCGAAGAUGGAACCUCUCUACCCGACGAUUUCAAUGUACCGAUACCGUACGCGGCUGGAGCUGCCGCUCCCCUCAGUGAGAAUCGAGCCAGAACUGUCGCUGAGCCCACCACCGGAAACUCAGUUGACGAUAACAGGAUCAGACAAAUGGGGAUACCUGACCUGUUAACAGUCUUGAGCGCGUUCCGCUCCGAUCCUUUCUCACCCUGGCAUAUGGAGUUGGGACGCCGUGGUAAUGAAGUUCUGGAUUACUGUAAGUCCAAAGACCCGGGAGUCACUGUAGGCGAUGUAUCAACGAAUUUUGGCCCACCCUUCGCACCCCUACAUACGCCGAGAUGUGUUAUCGUAGCCGCUUUCAUCAAGGGAGCCGGCUUCUAUUUUCAUUUGGAUCUCAACAGAGGCGGCCAAACAGGAGCAAAAGAGUCUGUUGAAACACUACGAUAUCUAGAGUUAGCAUUACAGGCGCUCCAGGAGAAUCUCGCAAGUACAACUCCAGCUACCGUUUCCGACGAAGUCAUCCUUUCUAUCCUAUAUCUCGCUGUCAAUCACCAAGUCAAGGCACGGGCGGAAAGGGAUCCCAGCCCAUUCACCCCACCCCAGAGAAACCUGCAUCAUCUGGACCUGUUUGGUACCACUACCUUCCACGCUUCACACUGGAAGAUUGCCAAAGACUUGGUUCAGGGCAGAGGGGGCAUCCACACAAUCAAAAUGGUGACUCUUCCCUGGCUACUUACCAUGGCCGACCUGUUGCAUGCAGUGGGGUCACUGACACGACCGUCGUUUCCUCUUCUACGUCCUACCGGACAGCCAGUGAUUUAUACUCCCCCCUGCCGUGCGCUGAGGGUCCCUGAAGUUGCGCGUCACUUUCACAGGAACGGCGGCUUCACACAACUAAAGUCGUUAAACCCCAGUAUUCACCAACCAAUUGUCGAGGUCUUCCUAGACAUCUGUGAAUACUCUCAAUGUCUCGAUUUCCUUGAUCAGACCGUAACAUAUCCGACUGACGAACUUGGAGAUUGCCGAGACAUCAUUCAUCACCGAUUUAUGAAUCUGCCCAAUGAACAUGACCCAAACGAGUCCAUAUUCGGUCCAUCUUAUCUCCCUUGUCCAGAAGCCUGCCAGCUGACGCGCUCAAUAUAUCUUCUCGUUCGUUCCGCCGCCCUCCUCUACAUCACUCAUGUAACAUUUCCUCUACCGCGUCCUUUACGGCUCAGGAAACAAUUACUCACGGAGCUCGAGUCACAUUUUACUUCAGUGGGCGGCGCUGGCUAUUACCCACCCGGGGUUCCGCUAGAGCUAUUAUUAUGGCCAGCGACAAUCGCAGCUACUGCGUCGAAGGACGAGUCUUGCCGUAUGCAAUGGAUCCUAUUAGUCCGCCAGCUAUGUCAGCAAACGCUCAUUUCUACCUGGGAUGAAUUUCGUCUUAUAAUGCAAUCCUUUUCAUGGGUUAACUGUGCCUGUGACAAGGAGGGAUAUGCUGUUUGGACGGAUGUGCAGCUUUUAGGCUGAACUAUUCACUUAGCGUACAAGGACCGAUAUCCGCGUCUCCUCUCAUUCGCUGAUACUGUAUGACUCUACCUCAGGGUCUCUGGCAGGCUAGGUAGGGUUAGGCUAAGAGGUAUUUCGGCACGCACCUGAAGACCGAUGUGAGGCCGGGUUUUCCUUAACUUCUCUUCGUAUACAAGCUCCCCAAAACCUAAUCAUCCGUUACCAGUGGGUUAGAAGCUGUGGCCACAGAAGAUGCCGAACAAACGGACAAAUCAGCGCCUCUACUGUUUAUUAAACUAAGGUUUGCCACACGCCGAUACACAGCUUUGUUCAUGAACCAUACAGAGAAGCGCAGGAAAAACAGAAGAAAGGAAUGGCUCGGUUCUCACGCGUGUCUCGGGACCCACUGGGCAUUGAGAGAUGUUGCAAGCUGUCGCUUAUAAUUUCACGGGAUCUCUCGUCAUGGCAGUAGA